AGAUUUUGAAACAAAACUGAAGCAGACCAUAAGAUGGAUUUCGAUAGCUCUUAUAUAGAGUCACUCACUGAUGACUGGUUGGAGUAUAUUCACAAGAAAACCAAGGAGCAGGAACGUAUUAUUCUAGAAAAUAAAAAGUUCUUUGUUCCAUACAUAGGCCUCAACGUGAAAAUUAUUAAAAUGAUAUUUUUGAUAGCGGAAGAAUUUGCAUUGCAUUCCAAUGCAAAGUAUUUAGCGAUUCAUCUCUAUGAGAAAUAUAUGAACAGAAGAAUUUGUGAAGUUUCCAAAGGCCUACAGAAAAGCGGAAGUUCAGAAACUUUGUGGGAACAAGAACAAAGAAAGAUGUGUUCCGAAGGUAAAUUGCGUCUUCUAUCCUGCAUUCAACUUGCAAGCAAGAUGGAUUCAAAUGAAAAAUCCCUCGGAAUAUGUGAUGUGCAAAUAGCAUUGCAGAAAAUCGAUUCAAACCGAGAAUAUUCAAAAAGGACCAUUUUUCAGUCAGAAAUAUAUGUUUACAAGGCUGUGGAAUUUGAAAUGCCUCAAUGUACGCCAAAAGACUGCGUAGAUGUUCUUUUAGCAGCAACCGGACUUCGAAAUACACCUGGAAUUCUUGAAGCUUCAAAAAGAUUGGUGGAUUUAUCAUAUUUAUGUCACGAAGAAUUAUACUCGUACCUGAAAAUGAUGGCAGAGGACAACUUCCCAAAGACACUUUAUGAUAAAAAAAGUGUCAUGGUAAUCGAAUCUAAUGCUCUAUUUUUGGGAGCUUCGAUUGCUCUUUCCUCGGUGUUUUUUGUUAAUUUGGAUAGGACAGAUUCUAAAGAAUUGUUGAAAAGGAUGGCUACUCUUGUUGGAAUGAAGGACGUGGAUAUUUGGGACAUGGCGAAUUUGCUAUUUAGUUUAGCAGUUCAGGAAUAAUGCCUGAAAAUCCAAGUUGAAAUUUUCUUUAAAUUAAAGUCUAAGAUGUUGAAAUGUCAAAUAAGAUUUAACAAAUUGUUACUGUUGUAAUUUUAUGAGAAGUGUUUAGGUAGAAAUGUCAAAUGUAAAACGACUCUGCAAGAGACUCGUCUUGGAUUAUUUCGAAAUAACGUUUAUUUUAAUUAUGUUAUUUUAAUUUGAAGGACAAACUUCUGCAGUCAUUAUUUAU